CGUUCAGACGGCAGCCGGAGAGCACCGGGUGAGGGACACGCGCGCACUAGCCACGGCCAUCGCCAGCGACACAACAUGGUCUGGUCCGGAGAGAGAGAGAGCGAGCGCCCUAAGCUGUCAAUCAUACUGCCGCGGCUCUACCUGGGAGCAGAAAGCGACGUAACUCAGGAGCAGCUGGCUUCUCUAGGUAUUUCCUACGUCCUGAACGUGAGCCGCAGCAGCCCCAGACCGUCUUUCCUGCCCAACUCCAAAUACCUCCGGAUCCCCAUCGACGACUCCCUGUGGGCCGACCUGCUGCCCUGGAUCCCGCAGGCCUUCAGCUUCAUUGACGCUGCCAUGUCCUCGGGCGCCUCGGUGCUGGUCCACUGUGCUGCGGGCAUCUCCCGUUCCCCAGCCUUGGCUGUGGCCUACAUCAUGUACAGCCUGGGGCUGGACCUGGACCAGGCCUACAGGUUUGUCAAGGAGCGCCGCCCCUCCAUCUCCCCCAACUUCAACUUCCUGGGUCAGCUGCAGCACUUCCAGGGCACCUUGAGCCAGAAGAGCUUGUCAGGUGACCUCAGCCUCCGGCAGCUGGAGACCAAGCUGCUGCCCAUCACUGACAACCAGGAUCCCGCCCAUCACCAUGGCGACCCAGUGCCGUACAAAGCACAGCAGAAGGUCUCUGAUGGAAAUGGGAAUCAGGAAAUGUCUUCAUCUGAGAAACUUUGGACUGAUCAACAGCAGGGGGCGCGAAAGGGACCACAAACCACGGUCAGACCUUCCUCCGCAGCUCCGUCUUCUCUCCUGGAGAAACGGAAAACCCUCAGCUUGUCUUUAACUCCGUUGGGAACCAGCCCUGCGUCCUCUGCAGGCGGCCAGCAAACAAGCGGCAUUACCAAGUCUAUACACAAGAGGGAGCCAAAGCCUGAAGCGAAGCCACAACGGGACAGCAGCAGCCCCUGUCGGCCAACAGAGGAAACUGCACGAGACUACACAGCCGCCGGGAGGGAGGCGGGACUUCUGUCCCCGCUGAACUUCACCCUGAACAAACUGCUGGACUGGGGGGAGCGGGUUUUGCUCGGAGGGGUCUUUCUACAUCCGGUCAAGAUGGGACAGCCCACGCUGCCGUACAGAUGCUGAAGACGGUUGCAUGUUCCAAGAGUUGCUGCGGACACGUGGUGUUUAAUGCUGCUGGAGGACGUCUGCUUGUAUUUAUUGAUUUAUUUAUUUAUUUAUUGCGGAGAUUUCUUUUGUGUUGCGGAUUUUGUAUUGAUGCUGGACUGUCUGUGGUUUGUACGGUUAUUUUAAAAUAAGUAUUUAAAUGAAAAUGUAUUUAUGGAUAAUUAAAAAUGAUAUUUAUCAAAUGGCUCGUUUUCCCAGUCAAUAUUGUUUUCUAAAUUUGUAUUUUUAUUAAGACAAAAGUGUUCGGUUAUUUUUUUACUUCUCUACACCUGGAGCACCAGAAUUUCUUCAGUUGCCUAAAAAAAAACCCUAAACCAGCAUUUAUUCAAUACAAUUUUGACGUUUUGUCCAUCCAUUAAAA